CCAGUAGCCUGGCGGUCUUAUAAAAUACUAGAGUGAGUAGCCACACUAUCAUUCACUGAAGCAGUGUUUACAGGUGCCUUUGAGAGGAUAGUAUUAAGUGGCAAGUGAAGACAUAAAUAGUAAAACAAUGAAUUAUUUGCUAUUGUUAAUUACAUAUUGCGGAAUAGUUUUGUACAGCACCACGUGCUAUGGAAUUAAUUCCGAUGAUGGAAACUCCAGAGACGGUGGAUUGUUGCAUCAAGUCCUUCUAGGAACCCAGAAAUAUCCUUCUUUGUCAAGACAACCAAGGCAAAGUGAAUUUUCUUCAUCGGACGAUGACAAUCCGUUUUGGGGAAACUUCCGUCCAAAUACUGGCGGAUUCAACUGGGGCAGCAACCAGAACAAUGCGAGAGAAAAUCGCCCAUCACAGAACAAUAUUUUUUUUGAAGAUAACGACGAUGACUUCAUAAGACCAAAUGUCCCCUCUGUCACACGGCCACCACCAUCUUCCUCCACAGUGGCCAUCCCCGGGAUGGCAACAACAAGAUCGCCAUGUGAAGAUAAAUGUCGAGCCACGUCCCAGUUUGAUCCUGUCUGUGGAGACAACAAUGUUACCUACACCAAUAUAUACUGGUUGCAGUGUGCACAAAGAUGUGGAAGAAAUGUAAAUAUCCGAUACAGAGGUUCAUGUCCCAGAGUUGCUUGAAUAUAUGCGAACAUCUGCAAGAGUUUGGAAGACUGAAUAAAUAUUUUUUUCUCUAGAACAAUUCGCAAUAAUAAAUAACAUCUAUAAUACAUAAAUCUUCAUUAUAUUAAUAACGUUAUAUCCAUAAGAAACUUACGUAAUACUUAUUACUCACAUUGUGAUGUAUCUGUAUGGAUCAGAGUAAUCUUGAAUGAAUGUAUGUAUAUGACAAGAUACCAAUAAAUUUUUUAAAUUGU